UCCAGUGGAAACGCAACUGUCUAGAUAAGUGUGGCAAAAAGGUUAUGCGGUCAACGUUUUUUCCUCUGAGGAAUCACCAUCAACGCCCAUGUUGCAAUGUUGCGCUUUACUUUUGCCUCGUCGAUCGUUUCGUUGGCCAACAACCGCCGACUCCCGCUUGCAAACAAGCAGCAGCGAGAGGGGGGAGAAGAAAAGAAUCUGCUUUUCCUUUCUAUCGAUCCAUUCCGUCGCUCCCCGAGCGCAGCGCAGAGAAGAUCCAGGGAGAAAGCGGGGGUUUUGGUGGGUGGAAGUUGCGAAUGGACCGGAAAGUAGUGGCCGUCUGCGUCGGCGUGGCCUUCCUGGGUCUCCUCUCCGCGGCGCUUGCCUUCGCUGCCGAGGCAACUAGGACUCAGGCUUCUGAUGUUCAAACAGAAGAUGGACUAUGCAUAUACCCUAAGAGCCCUGCACUAGUACUAGGUUUAGUAUCAUCAUUGGCUCUUGUUAUGGCUCAGGUAACAAUAAACAUUGUUGCAGGAUGUAUCUGUUGCAAGAAGCACUCUGGCCCACCAAACACCAAUUGGACAAUAGGGUUGAUAUCCUUCAUUGCUUCUUGGGUCUCUUUUAUAUUAGCCUUCCUUUUACUGCUGACUGGCGCUGCCUUAAACGAUCAGAGGAGCCAAGAAAUGAUGUAUUUUGGCUACUGCUAUGUCGUCAAGCCUGGAGUAUUCGCCGGAGGGGCAGUGUUAUCCCUUGCAAGUAUCGCUCUCGGGAUAGUCUACUACGUUGCCCUAUCUUCACAAAAUGCUCAAAUUUGCGACACUCAACAAAACCAAGGUAUCGCAAUGGGGAAUCCUCAGUUCCCAGCCCAUGUCACUCCUGUUUUUGUUCAUGAAGAUACCUACAACCGGCGGCAAUUUCCCUGAUAAGCACAGAAUCCACUGUAUCAGCCAUAGAUUGCUGUUUGUCUGUUCAGCAGCUACAAUGAUGCCGGGUUGCGAUACAUGCAGAUUUAACAUUCAGUGGGGUUUCGCCCAAAAUGAAGAAAGGUGCUCAUGUAAUUUGUUGCAUUAGCAAUGAUGCUUGAUAUUCUUGUUUGGGUGCUGGAGUUCUUCUGUUUCUUUCAACAAAAUUGUAUUUUUAAUUCAAUUGAACUGAGCCAAAUAAGUUGUA